AUGGCUGUCCAGUUAAUAAUGGACGUAAUUGGAUAUUCUGACCAGUACAAAUCAUUAACCCUGGUGGCUCAUGAUGAUCGCCCCUUCAUCGGUGUUAUAAUGAACGUCCACGUAGCUGAUACAGAUGACCUAGUUGGAAGGUUCCUUUCGUACUCUGACAACAAAACAAAAACCGGGAGUUGCUCAGGGGACUCAAUGAAUUAUAUAACUCACGCGAAUAACUUGGCGGUGACCAAAAUGGAAGUGACUUGGGUCGCACCUGAGGAAGAAAUUGGAGAUGUAACAUUCCGGGCGACGUUCAUGGAAUUAUUUGAUUUAUUUUGGAUAAAUGUCAAAACAGAUCUCAUAUCAAAACUACCGCUAUCAGCACCGGUCAAGGAUAAAGAGGGCGACGAUCAAACUAUUACAUGUACAUAUGCAAAAGGAAAGUCUACAUUCCAAUAUGGCAUUAAUGUAAUAGAACAGAACUAUAGACAGUCAAAGAGAGGACGGUUGACACAAAUGACCACUUCGUAUCGAGACGGGAGUUUAUACUGCUCAUUCACGAUGCCAAUCGUCAUGAAUGCUACAGAUGAAAGUGGACGUACAGUGACCUAUGAUUUACACAAUCCCUACCACGUGAUGCUGGCAUGGGGACGACUACAUGAGGGUACUGAUGUGAUCACAAAACACGACGAGCUGCCGAUACAAUCUAUCAACAAGAUACAUUUCGACGCUGUUGAAAUCCAUCGAGCAACUGCUCUGCCUCUAAUAACCCGGAUACACGGGAUUCUGAUGCUGACUGCCUGGAUACUCUUCGUAGGUGUAGCAACUGUCGUUGCUCGGCACUAUAGACCCAUGUACCCAGCAAAACUCGUAUGUGGGACAAAAGUGUGGUUUCAGAUUCACAGAUUCACAGCCAUCACAGUUUUCAUUUUCACUGCAGUUUCAUUCGUAAUUAUUUUCUUUAAAGUAGAUGGAUUGUCAGACCACGUUGGUGUCCACAGCUGGUUGGGUAUCGCCGUGAUGUCCUGUGUGUGUCUACAAAUGAUCGGAGGUCUCCUAAGGCCGUCCCCGGAUAACCGUGUUAGACCAGUGUUUAAUUACCUACACUGGGGUAUAGGCAAAUCAGCUCAGAUUCUAGCAGAUAUGUCAUUUUAUGACUGCGAAAAUCCCUCUGCUUUGAUUGGCCAAGAGGUCUUCCACAAGAUUCGAAAAAAUGCAAGUAAAAGUUCUGAGGAGUUACGGCACUACUGUAUUAGUUCCGACUCCUGA